AUGGCAUACCAACCAACAUACGGUGCACCAGCAAAGCGACCACUGUCAAAAUGGUGGCCAAUAGGCGUCAUAAUCGCUGCAUUGAUAUUCUUCGCUAUCGGCGGAGGCCUUCUCGGCGCAUACUAUAACAGCUUCAAUACUGGCUGCACAUCCUAUGAUGACUAUAGCUACGAUGACUACUGCUACAGCUAUGGAAAUAUAGGUCUCUGGGACGGAGGAAUCGCAUGUCUUUGUCUUGGUGGUGUGUUGAAACUUACAUUCUGGAUUCUUUUCAUCAUAUAUCGCACUCAACGUCGUCGUUACCGUUCCUAUGAGGCGGCUCCAUCUACCUACGUUAAUGUUUCCAUGGGAGACUACUCAACAAAACCAGAGACAUCGACCAGCUAUGCGCCUCCACACCGCCAACCUCAAUAUUCUCCAGCUCCUACUACGGACCCUCUCCUACCGCAACCCUAUGGACAUACAGGCAUGAACCAACAGUCGACAAGGAAGUUUUGCGGCCAGUGUGGCACGGCUAUAUCAACAACCUUCUGUACACAAUGCGGUGCUGCAGUUUAA